AUGCCACCACAUUUGACCUCCUACCAGAGCUUGGUCACUAGCAAGGCACGCCGCCGCAGCAAACCCGACGAACGCCCUAAGACACCGCGACCGGGUUGCUCCGAACUGGAAGAAGUGCUUGUCAGCUUUCUCCGAGCAGUCUCCUUCUGGCGCGACCUCGAGCUGAGCCCGUGGAGAGCUUCAUCCCACUCGAGGAGUAUCAACUUCGACUUGAGUUCAUCGACGAGAUCCGAAAGGCACCUCAGUGAUUCCGUAGCCCUAAAAAAACCUGACCUCACCGGGCUAGAGUUCUGGUAUCUCAACAACAUACCCAUCGACAGUUUACGGGUGCUCAAAGGGUUUCUUAGUUUCAUGGCUUCCAGCGUCCAAGCCAACAUCAACAACUCGAGGAAUGCAACCGGCCGGCGGAUCUGCCACAAAGCCGUACUCCACACCAUCUCGAACUCUUCUAUGGCCACAAGCAAGGACAGUGGGGCCGGGCGAGAAGACGAUGUCUGGAAGCGUUGCUUGGAACUCGAUGGUGAUUGCUGUGUGAUCACCGGUGCCAGUCAUCCCCAUGUCUAUCAACUUCUUCCAUUUGCUUGGUCAAAGACCAAGACGAACUUGAGGACACAGCAGAUGAUUCCUGCCCUCGAAGUAGUCGUCGACCUUAAACUAAGCAACGUCAAGUACGAAGCCGUUACCAAGCUUCGACAAGGCGUCGGUUGUACUGACCCAUUGUGGAAUGUGGUGUGUCUGAGCACCCAGCUUCACAAGUGGUGGGACCAUGCAUACUUCGGCCAGAAGUACGACGGCAGAGCUAAUUGUCUGGAAGAGGACUUUGCCCAGAUCCACCUUCAGUUCUUGUGGAUGCCCCGCAACAUUUAUCGCCGGGCAACGAAACAAAGAGUACAGAGAAAGGCCGAGGUGAGGAUCUCCCACCGCUUUGCUCAGAGCACGGCUGUUGCGUGA